AUGGCCUCGGCUACCUCUGUGACCAGCCUGGCAGAUGAGGUCAACUGCCCCAUCUGCCAAGGCACCCUGAGGGAACCGGUCACCAUCGACUGUGGCCACAACUUCUGCCGCUGUUGCCUCACUCGCUACUGUGAGAUCCCGGGCCAAGAAGAACCCGAAGAGUCCCUCACCUGCCCGCUCUGCAAAGAGCCCUUCCGCCCAGGGAGCUUCCGACCCAACUGGCAGCUGGCCAACGUGGUGGAGAACAUCGAACGCCUUCAGCUGGCCUCCCUGAGGGGCCUGGGGGAGGAGGACGCCUGCCCCGAGCACGGAGAGAAAGUCUACUUCUUCUGUGAGGAAGACGAGGUGCAGUUGUGCGUGGUGUGCCGCGAGGCUGGGGCGCACGGGGCCCACACCGUGCGCUUCCUGGAGGAUGCAGCGGGUCCCUACAGGGAACAAAUACAGAAGUGUCUUACGUGUUUAAGGAAAGAGAGAGAGGAAAUUCAAGAAAUCCAGUCAAGAGAAAACAAAAGGAUACAAGUACUCUUGACUCAGGUGGCUACCAAGAGACAGCAGGUGAUUUCCCAGUUUGCACAUCUGAGCCAAUUCCUAGCAGAACAGCAGAGUGUCCUCUUAGCACAACUGGAGAGGCUAGAUGGGGACAUCCUGAAGCAACAGGAAGAGUUCGAGUCCCUGGUCACUGGGGAGAUCUGCCGGUUUAGCACCCUGAUUGAGGAGCUGGAAGAGAAGAACGAGAGGCCAGCAAGGGAGCUCCUGACGGAUAUCAGAAGCACUUUAAUACGAUGUGAAACUAGGAAGUGCCGGAAACCAGAGGCCGUGUCCCCUGAGCUGGGCCAGAGGAUCCGGGACUUUCCCCAGCAGGCCCUCCCACUGCAGCAGGAGAUGAAGAUAUUUCUGGAAAAACUCUGCUUUGAGUUGGACUAUGAGCCAGCUUCUAUCUUUCUAGAUCCCCAGACUUCCCACCCCAAGCUCCUCCUCUCCGAGGACCACAAACAGGCUCGGUUCUCCUACAAAUGGCAGAAUUCACCAGAUACCCCCCAGCGUUUUGACCGGAUCACAUGUGUCCUGGCUCAAAGUGGAUUCACAGGGGGAAGACACACAUGGGUGGUGAAUGUAGACUUAGCCCAUGGGGGCAGCUGCACCUUGGGUGUGGUGAGGGAGGAUGUGCGGCGGAAGGGGGAAUUGAGAUUACGGCCAGAGGAGGGAAUCUGGGUGGUGAGGCUGGCUUGGGGCUUUGUCUCAGCUCUGGGCUCCUUUCCUACACGACUGGUCCUGGAAAAGCAGCCCCGGAAGGUGCGAGUGUCUCUCGACUAUGAGGUGGGUUGGGUGACCUUUUCCAAUGCUGUCACCCAGGAACAUAUCUAUACCUUCACUGCCUCCUUCACUGAAAAAGUCUUUCCUUUGUUUGGGCUCUGGGGACGAGGAUCUAGUUUCUCCUUGAGCCACUGA